AUGUCUUCCUUCGAUUAUAGCCAGCAGUACUACGGCGGCUUUGAUCCGGAAUCGCUGCGCGCCCUUGCCAAAGCCCGCUGUGUCAAGGCCACUGAAACCGACGACGAUAAGCGCAUUGUGGCCUUGUUGAUGCAGCAAGAAAACGAGACAGGUUGCCAUCCUUUUCCUAACGACGAUAAUAUGUCUGAGCUGGAAUCCGGCAAGGCAUGGGAUGCAGGAAAGCCGUUUCCCGCCCAGGCGUCUCUUGCUGCUCAGAAGAAGGAUGACGAGGGCUGGGAAGUCGCUGGUGUCAAGAGCAAGAAGGGUAAGGGACAAGCUCAGCCAAAGAAGAAGAUGGCUGCGACUCUUGUUCCUGUCUCCAAGCCCGCGGUUGUUGUUCCCAAGUCUCCCGUUGCAUCCCUCUCCAAGGCUGAGCUGGGCACCGCCGUCAAGGAUGAUGCGAUCUCUGUCGCUGAGACUGGAGUCUUCGUCUUCUGUCCAAUUCCCCAGAUUGUUUGGCCAAAGUCCAAAGCUGGCUCCAGCACCAAGACGUCGAUCAUUGCUGGGCCAGUCAAGGGCAAGGAUGGAAAGAUGCCAAUUCCCAUCUCGCAAUUGGCAGCUGAGUGGGAUGCUUUGUGGACUGGCUGCCCUAAGUCGCCUCUUCAGUGCGUUGUGAAGAAGACUUCACACGUGGGCAAGACUGCUGACAAGGCUGCUUUGCCGAAGCCUGCCCCCAAGAUUGCCUCCGCAGACGUAUCAAAGUCUGCCGACCCAGUUGUCCCAGUUGUUCCCGCGGAACCCGCUUCUUCCAGCAGCAAGACCGAGUCUUUGGUUAGUAGUUCUCCUGCUACCCGAAAGUCUUGGGACUGGGCUUCUGAGGUGGAAGAGGAGGAGGCAGAGAGGGAGCUUGCCACCAAGAAGAAGCAGGAGGAGAAGCCAGUCGAGGAGGCAGUUCUGCCUCCAACCCCAGACGAACCGGAGAAGCCUGCUGCUACCGAAGACGACAAUUUUGAGGCUGGCGAGAAGCCUGAGAACCUCCCCGCUGCUCCAUCGCCUGUUGCUACCGAGGCCACAGAGCAGUCUGAAGACAUCCCGGCUACAGCAUCGCCUACCGUAUUCGACACGGCUGACGAGAUCUCGGAGAUUACAGCACAUGUAGGUAUUCAGAAGGAGGAUGUGGCGAUGUCUGUUGCCUCCGACAUGGAUGUCUCAGGCCCGGCUCCUUCCACCGAGGACGUCGCCGUCGUCACCGAGUCUUCGCCCUCAGUCCCUCCUACUGUGCCCGAACCCGCCCACGAACAUGUCCCCAUCGCCCUGCCUACACCUCCAUUGACCCCAGGCAACACCUCGCCUCCCCCUUCCACCGCCCCCUUUCCCAAGAUCUCCAGGGCCCAGCGACGUCGGGAGAAGAAGGCCCGACAGGAAUACCUGUUCUACGACGAGCUUGUCGACCAGGAAAUGCGCUCUACAGAGGCGUUCAUGCCUGGUGACGAGGCCAUUACCUCCACUGUCCCUCCUAUUGAGGAAUCUUCUGACAACAUCGACACCACAGAGCACGAACAGUCUGUCCAUCCUUCUCCCGCCCCUUCUGCUGCCGAUUCCGACGACGAGGCCGAAUUCUUCGACGCCACCCCAGCGAACAAGCCCAAGCCCAAGAAGAGCGGCAAAAAGGGCGGCAAGAAGGCACAGAAGAGGGCGGCGAAGACUGCUGCAGUCACGCAGGUUACAGAGCAGGUGCCGACGCAGUCGGUGGCGGAGAAGACGAAGACUCUGUUUCAUGGGUAUGGGAUUCAGGCGGCUGGUUUGGCAGUGGGCUUGGUUACGUUUCCUGCGGCGUUUUUGGUGGUGUGGCUAGGUCAUCAGGGCUAA